UUUUUGCAAAACUUUCAAUUUUUCUAUGAAAACUUAAGCGGUUUCGCGUGAAAAGUGUUGCUAAUUACAGUUAAGUGCCGCUGACAGCCAGUGUUGUUGAAAAUUAUUGCGUAACUGUGAAUUUUCAGUGUGAAUUCGUGUGAAAAUCGUGCGUGUGCCAGUUUCCUAAGCGCGUGUGUUUGUGUGUGUGCGUCGCUGCCCAGUUGGUUUUCGGUGCAAACAAAACGCUGGCGCUCGAAAGCCUGCCAGAGCAAUUGCGUGUGUACUUACACUUUCGCGUGUUUAACUAAAUCGCAUUUGAUUAAAUAAUGGACAGCGAAUCGGCGCUGAAUUAGCAGUGAAAUAAUCGAUUACCCAAGUGAUUACAAAGUAAUGCAAAGCGGCCUGCGCUGGAGUGUCAAAUAUUCAACUAAAGUGAGCAACUAAAAAGGUGAACACGAAAAUACAUUCGCAAUUUCAAUCGACAUCAAAGUGUCACAUUGAGAGUGUAAAAGAGCAGGUCAAGUGCCAACUGCCAACUGCUCGAAUUGUCCAUUAAGAACAAAAGUGGAAAGUAGAGACUAGAAGCAUAAGGAGAUAAAACGAGAAGCACGAAAAAAGAAAUUGCCGGAGAAACAAAGAAAUUGAAAGUUGAAAACUUCAACGAAGCACUUUAACGGCAAUUCACAACAAAAACUAAUUGUUGUAUUUGUAGUUGUGUGAAAAAUUUGUCAAAUUUUUUUUUUUUUAGUGUGAGCAAUCUGUAUUAAAAGCAGUGUAAAUUGUUGAAAAAAGGUGAAAAACAAGCCAAGAAAGGAGAGUGAGUGUGAGAGGCAAGUCGAAGGACAAACAAACAAAAGUGACAAAGUGAAAUUGCACGGUUGCAACGAAAAUAAUAAAAGCAAAUGAAAAAGUUGCAGAAAACUAAAUAAACUGCAAUAUAAAGAACUUAAACACCGCCGCACACAUACACACUUACCCCUGCGCGUGAGCAGCGUAAAGCAUACAAACAACAAUAAAAGUGAAUAAAGUGACAGCAAAGUUGUUGUAAAAAAAAAUAAGUAGAGUGUGUAGCGUGGAAACAUUUGUUGAACAUUGCCAUAUAAUAAUAACAAAAACAACAAGUACCGCCAACCAACCAACGAAGUAGCCUUGCGGCAUACUGAGCAAUGGCAGCAGGUGCAACGCCAACAAAAGCAAUUGCAACAAAUGUUGCUGCCGCUGCUGCUGCAGCUGCAAUCGCGCAAGUGGAGCAACAGCAUCGCCUGCAGGCACAACCACAAAGACAUCAACGGCACCAACCACAAUGGCUGCUGGUUGCCGCCAUCAUAUUGACACUGUUUACCGUGUCCAUUCAGGGCAUUACCGAGGAGCUGUCACCAGAUCAUGUACGCGAAUUCAACUGUGGCAAAUUAUAUUACCGGACUUUCCAUAUGGAUGAGGUGAAGGACACGCUCUACGUAGGCGCUAUGGAUCGCGUGUUUCGUCUGAAUCUGAAAAAUAUUUCGUCAUCACAAUGCGAUCGCGAUGUUAUUAACUUGGAACCCACACGCGACGAUGUUGUCAGCUGCGUCUCCAAAGGCAAGAGCCAGAUUUUCGAUUGCAAGAAUCACAUACGUGUCAUACAAUCAAUGGAAAACGGCGACAGGCUUUACGUUUGCGGCACAAAUGCACACAAUCCCAAGGAUUAUGUCAUCUACUCCAACCUCACCCAUCUGCCUCGCUCGGAAUAUGUGAUUGGCGUUGGCCAAGGCAUCGCUAAAUGUCCCUACGAUCCACUAGAUAAUUCAACUGCCAUUUAUGUCGAAGAGGGCAAUCCUGGUGAUUUACCUGGUUUGUACUCAGGCACCAAUGCAGAAUUCACAAAAGCAGACACUGUGAUCUUUCGAACGGAUUUAUAUAAUACGACAGCAAAGCGUUUGGAAUAUAAAUUCAAGCGUACACUUAAAUAUGACUCCAAAUGGUUGGACAAACCCAACUUUGUCGGCUCCUUUGACAUUGGCGAGUAUGUGUAUUUCUUCUUCCGCGAAACUGCCGUCGAAUACAUCAAUUGCGGUAAGGCCGUGUACUCACGAAUUGCACGCGUUUGCAAAAAGGACAUUGGUGGUAAAAAUCUGCUCGCACACAAUUGGGCCACCUAUUUGAAGGCGCGUUUGAACUGCAGCAUCUCCGGUGAAUUUCCAUUCUAUUUCAAUGAAAUCCAAUCUGUAUAUCAGCUGCCAACGGAUAAGACACGUUUCUAUGCGACAUUCACGACCAGCACAAAUGGCUUAAUCGGCUCGGCGGUGUGCAGUUUCCACAUCAACGAAGUGCAAGCCGCUUUCAACGGUAAAUUUAAAGAACAAUCCUCAUCCAAUUCAGCUUGGCUGCCAGUUCUAAACUCACGUGUACCCGAACCACGUCCCGGCACCUGUGUGAACGACACCUCAAAUCUCCCAGACACCGUAUUGUACUUUAUACGCUCGCAUCCGCUUAUGGAUAAAGCUGUGAAUCAUGAACACAACAAUCCAGUUUAUUAUAAACGAGAUUUGGUAUUCACUAAGCUGGUUGUUGACAAAAUUCGCAUUGACAUACUCAACCAAGAAUAUACCGUCUACUAUGUGGGCACCAAUUUGGGACGUAUCUAUAAAAUCGUACAGUACUAUCGCAACGGUGAAUCGCUGUCGAAAUUGCUUGACAUCUUCGAUGUGGCACCGAAGGAGGCGAUACAGGUGAUGGGCCUCAGUCAGGCACGUAAAUCGCUCUAUGUUGCCACAGAUCAUCGCAUCAAGCAAAUCGAUUUGGCGAUGUGCAAUCGACGUUAUGACAAUUGCUUCCGUUGUGUGCGUGAUCCCUACUGCGGCUGGGACAAGGAGACGAACACAUGCCGUCCAUACGAAUUGGAUUUGUUGCAGGAUGUUGCCAACGAAACCAGUGAUAUUUGCGAUUCCAGCGUGUUGAAGAAGAAAAUCGUCGUCACCUAUGGACAGAGCGUGCAUUUGGGUUGCUUCGUCAAAAUACCAGAGGUGCUGAAGAACGAGCAAGUUACCUGGUAUCAUCACUCCAAGGAUAAGGGGCGCUACGAAAUCAAGUACAGCCCCACCAAAUAUAUUGAGACCACUGAACGCGGUUUGGUUGUCGUAUCGGUGAAUGAAGCGGAUGGCGGUCGCUAUGAUUGCCAUUUGGGUGGCUCCUUAUUGUGCAGCUACAACAUCACCGUCGAUGCACACAGAUGCACUCCGCCAAACAAAAGCAACGAUUAUCAGAAAAUCUACUCGGACUGGUGCCACGAAUUUGAAAAAUACAAAACCGCCAUGAAAUCGUGGGAAAAGAAACAGGCGCAAUGCUCUUCGCGCCAGAACUUCAGCAACCAGCAUCCCAAUGAAGUUUUUCGUAAAAACAAUGUCUGAUAUCAAGAAAAUCAACUGCAACUAACUUCCAUAAAACUGCAUCUAUAAGAGGUAAAGCUGGCGAACUGAGCGGUUAAAAUUGACAUGUUAAGAGACUAACUAGCGACUGGUAAUAAAGAUGUAACGUGAGGAGCUUUCAUAUAUAGUAUGUCUAAUAUUAUGAAAGCUUGGCAACGGUGAAGAGGUUUAAAAUUGAGUACUAGAUAUGGCACCAAAGGGCGGCGUGCGUGAAAGCUUUUAAUAUUUUAAGUUCACAAGAUCGAGAAA